AAAAAAAGCAAAAAUCAUUUUUAAGAAAAUUUGCCUCUGACGAAAAACGUUAAUUUUCUUGCAAAAAUAAAAAAACAUUUUCGUCUUUGAUUGCAAGAUUUGCACAUUUUCUUUUUUUUUACAAACUAAAUCAUUAUUUAGAGAAUUAGUAUAAUUAAAUCCAAUUAAGAACAAAAUGGGCUACACAAGCAAAAACGUUUCAGUCAUUCUAUUUGCAUUAAUUGGUUUUCUAUUAAUUGGACAUAAUCAUUUUGGUGCCGAUGCCGAAAAAGAAAUUCCAAUGACAAAAUUUGGCCAAAAUGUUGGCGGACCAACUAUGACUUUUCUUUAUUGCUAUUCGUGCGGCUAUAGAAAGGCCUUCGAUGACUAUGUGAAUAUUUUGAGUGAAAAAUAUCCACAAAUAAGCAUUCAUGGGGCUAACUAUGAUCCGCCAGGCUUUAAUAUGUACCUCUCCAAAGUUGUAUUCUUCCUUAAGAUCGUUUUGAUUGUUAUUAUCGUUUCGUCGUUUGAUGUCUUUGGCGCCUUCGGUCAACAGGCACCUGGCUGGUGGAAGCAUUUAGUUGAUAACAAAUUGUAUGCGUGUAUGAUGAUAUUCUUUGUCGGUAACAUGCUUGAGGCACAGAUGGUAUCUUCAGGAGCAUUUGAGAUCUCAUUGAACGACGUGCCAGUAUGGUCCAAACUGCAAACAGGAAGAAUUCCUGCUCCACAGGAACUGUUUCAAAUCAUCGAUAGUCAGUUGCAGUUCUCGGAUAAGAUUCAAGAGAAUCCCGAUUUUGUCAAAUAAAAGUCUGGUCAUCUAACGCCCUUGUUAGAGUAGAAUUCAUACAUAAAUUAAUAAUUAAUUAUAAAUAUUGUUGCAAUUUCUGUUUCCACACUUAUAUCCUUCUUUUGUUUUACAUUUUCCAUUUUUUUUUUCAAACGAACAAUAAGUUAAAAUAUUCUUGAUGUUUUUUCAGUUGAUUGACGAUACAAAACAAAAUAUUUAGAACUUAAUGCCAAAUAAAAACUCCGGCUUUGUUCUAUGAGCCUUUAUGAUUUACAUA